GGGCUGUACAAUAAUGACCAGAGUGAGGCGGGUUGGAAAUGGUCAAAUGGAGACAACUUCAACUAUACACACUGGUACUCAGGAGUGGAGCCGAAUGAGUACACAGAGAAAGACACCAACAACAGCUCCGUCCACUGCAGCUACUGAAACCACCCCAUACACAUCCGGCAGAGACACCUUCACCCCAUCACAGAGCCCAGCAACCGAGCCCACCUCCCGCUCAGAGCCAGAUCCACCUGCCCUUCCCCAGAGCACGGAGUCUCCUCCUCCACCUUCCAGCUUCCCUCCUCCCAACAUACCAGGACCUACAGCGACUCCCGAGAACAUAUUUACCGGGACCUCCAGAGUGACAGAAAGGCAACCAACACCCUCUUCCCUUCCAGUGAGGACUUCGACCAUCGAGUAUCAAGAUUUCUGUGACGCUAACCCUGAAUGGCAUUUGGUGCCUUUAACGCUCCACAUUACGUACAAGGGAAAUCCUCCGACUCCUGAAGAAAUUGAGCAACUGAAGGCGUCGGCUUGGGAGCAGUUACACGAGAGGCUGAAGAAAGCAUUCCCCAAGUUGACUUUCGGGAGAGUGAAGCCCAAGGAUCGUUCUGCUGGCAAGAAUCCGUGAGGGAUGAGGGGAACGGAAUAAGGAAAAGCCGGCAAUGCCUGGACACAGCUUGUGUCAUGUUCUCUCAGCAGUUGCUGCCUUGCCCCUGGCUUUAGAGGGUUUUAGGAAGGCUUGUGUUUCUGCAUCAUGUUGUUUGAGCCAAUGGUGAUGGGUUAGCACUCUCGUGCUUAGCUUUAAUCCAACGCUGUGACAAAGGGGUGUAUUUUAACGCUUCUUUAUUGUAUUCCAAUAGUUGUGAUUUUACGCAUUAUUUUAUUGUAUGGCUAAGAAAUGAGUAAUGUUUCAUUUUAUUUACCGAGCGGAGAUGGACCUUACUUCCUGUCCUGUGAUUCCUAUAAUACAUAGUUUAGAGAUAAACGCUCCUUUGAUGUGCAGUUUUGAGUAGAUUGACUGGCAAUAGCGGUAAUGGCAAUAUAUGGAGAUUGAAGUAUGUUUUUUGUUGUUUGAGCCGAUGCAGAUGGGUUAAUAGCGCUCAGCUUUACCCCAACUUUGUGACAAAGGGGGUACAUUUUACCGCUUGUAUAUUUUAAUUCAAUAGUUGUCGACAAUCUGGGAAUAAACAUGGGAACCUUAUACAUUGUAAACCUUUGCAUUUGUAUCUCCUCAUCUGAAACCCUUUCAAUUCCCAAUAAAGCUUCUUGAACACAAA